AUGGCGGAUGAGGAGAGCCUGCUGAAGUUUUUCGCCGAGGAACGGCAGUUUUUUGAUGUCCUGGAGCACUAUCUCGAUCAGGUUGAUGGUCGACCUUGCUCCGAUCUGGAGGAGCCACUGCCUGAGAUCUUUUCUAAUAACUUUUUCGGUUAUUUGACUCUAGUCUUAGAUCGUUAUCAGGAGCAGCCGUACCUUUUAGAUCCACAUCUCGAGCGCUUGGUACAGCUUAUCAUUCUACGUCUGAGGCAGUGGCUGGAAUAUCUGCAGCAGCAUUCAGCUGAAUUCGAAGAACCUCCGACCGAUUCAAUCGAGAGUCUAAGCAUCGAACAACUAUCACAGAAGUUGCAAAAGCUUUCCCAUUUGCUUUAUUUCGUUGUAAAGGUUAGAGGUUACAAAACAAUCGUUCGCUUCUUCCCGCAUCAAGUGCAGGACCUAUCUGUUGUAAUAUCCACUUUUGGUCUGAUUCUCCCCAAGUCAGAUAGCGGACCUAGUAGAAUAGUGGAGGCAUUUUCGAACGCUGGUUUAUGGCACUUCCGAUACAUCCUGCUGCUGUGGCUCUCCCUCAUUUGCAUGAUUCCUUUCGAUCUUUCACGAUUCGACAAACUUUCAGUCCUACAACUUCAAACUGUCUCAACCUAUCAAUACGUCGAGAAAAUUGGUUGGUCUUACCUAGGUCUUCCGGGGAAAGAGAGAGAGGCAGCUGCCUUGGUAUUGGCCAGAUUAAUGUUGAGGGAAGAUGUGUUCCGCUUACACCUACUUGGAUUCGUGGAGAGAUGUCUCGAGAAUCUCCGGGCAGCUGGAGAACACGAUCUUUUUCUGGCUACUGGUAUAUCUCAAGUCCUAUGUAUCCUUGUAGAGUUGGCUAGGCCUCCACAGCUGUUGGGUGUAUUGCCCCUCCUUCACCAAGCGCUCCUCGAAACAAACAGAUUACCGUACAUUUCAGCCAGUAUCAGCCUACGUAAACUCAGGGCCAAGCUGGCCGGAAGAGUCGCUUUGGCCACACCCAUUGUAUCGAAGGGCUCGUCCAUCGACGAAUAUGAGCAGGUGCCGGAGUCUAUUGAGACAAUUGUUCAAGAUUUAUUGGACUGCCUUCAGGAUAAAGAUACCGUCGUGCGUUGGUCGGGAGCAAAGUAUCUAGCUAGGAUUGGGAAACGUCUUCCAGAGGACUUUUCGGUUCAGAUAUGCGACGCUAUUCUAGAAAUGUUCUGCUUGAAAACCAUGGAAGAACAAAAGGGUGGGAUUGAUCUGCUGUCGGUGAAUGACUACAUCUGGCAAGGUGCUUGUUUGGCUUGCGCAGAAUUUCUUCGUCAAAAGUGCUUCCCGGUCUCGCGGCUUGGAAGUUUGAUUGAAUGGGUUGUUCGAGCGUUGCAUUUCGAGCAACGCAAGGGAGUCCAGAGUAUAGGCUCAGGCGUUCGAGAUGCUGCAGCGUUUGUCUUAUGGUCUUUUGGCAGGGCAUUUUCCCCAAUCGAGGUCCAGCCUUUCGCCAAUCAAAUAGCCAUACAGCUUGUCCUACAAUCGCUUUUUGAUCGGGAAGUGCACGUUCGUCGAGCCGGUAGCGCAGCUUUUCAAGAAAACGUCGGAAGGCUUGGAAUCUUUCCUCAUGGGAUCGAAGUUCUCCAACGGGCGGAUUUUUUUACGGUCGGACUCAGAAGGUCAUCCUUCUUGAAAGCAGCUCCUGAUGUUGCAAGAUUCGAAGAAUACCGUCAGGCCAUCUUGAAUCAUUUGCUCGAUGUAUGUGUUUGCCAUUGGGAUGAUGGCGUGCGCGAGCUGGCCUCUCAAUCAAUCUGCCAGAUAGCUCGAACGGCCUUCGAUCAAAUCCCACCUUCUGUAGUGGACAGACUUGAAUCAGGUCUACAAUCCAAGGAUAUCAACCAAGUACAUGGAUCUGUACUCACCUUGGCCGAAAUAGCCAAAGUUGUUCAGCCUGACACAACGGACAACGCUACUGCACAAUUGCUUGAUAAGAUCUUUCAGUCGAUGAUUGGCGUUUUGGAUUCCAGCUUGAAACCCCGCCAAUUAGAAGUGCUCUUGGCAGCAAUCUGCCAAGCUCUUGCCAACACUUUACCCGAUUGCCCUCGACUUUGUGAAAGAUUUGUCGAAAGUCCUGCUUGGAUUCAGCUGGUAGAUAUGGGGCUGAAGCGUUCUGACGAUCAUUUGCAUUGCUCGCUUCAAAGCCUGUUAUACCAACUCUCCCUUCGCGGUGUCGGGGCAAAACAAGUACAAUUAUUUUCAAAGUCUUUGACGAGCGGUUUAGUAGUGGCUAGGCAAGCUUCCGCUAGAUGUUUAGGCGGAUUUGUGUUUUCUUCGGGGCCACUUCAAGCUUCUUUCAAUCCUACCUUUGACUUGUUGGUCGCUUGUACAGAGGAGAAGUCUUCAGGCUUGCCGCAACCAAUCGAGGUAGUUAGGAACUGUAUCGAAUCUCUUAUUUCAAUUAUGAAGAAUUUUGGAGAUAAAUUUCAAACGUUUUGCACUCAAGAGCAAUUCUCAAAGCUUUUAGCGGUAUUUUUAAAUGGAUUGUCUAACUAUACCAAUGAUCAAAGGGGGGAUGUGGGAUCUUGGGUCCGAACAUCAAGCCUUAAAAGUCUUGAACAAAUCAUCGGUUUAUACACCAACUCACCGGAAUCAAUUGAAGCGCGCGAAAACGAUUUCAAUAACCAUCUCGAGGGCAAACUUCCGCUGCAGCUUGAUCAGCGCUUCUUGAUCAGUCACAUCUUCAGUGGAAUCUUACGACAAUCUUUGGAUUCGAUCGAUUCGGUUAGGCAACUCGCCUGGCAAACUAUGUCUAAAAUUUUAGCCCAUCUUUCGAGUUCGAAUCUUCUGCAGAUUCGCGAUGGUAUUUGGGUCUCUCUGAGAUCUGCGUUUGAACAGGAAAACUCCGAACAUUGGAGAGAACUGAAAUGGACUUUUCCGCAUUCAUUAGAGCUUUUGACUAAAUUGGUCCCAAGAGAUUUAAACCUUUCAUCCUCAGAAUCGCCAUCACUUCAUCUUACCGAACAUCCCAACUCACUCUCAGAAUCGCUUUUAGAAGGAAUCAUAAUUUUGAUUGGUGGUAAAUGUAACAGUGACUCUAAGAACGCAGCUACUUCAUUUGUAGAUCACAUUCGCAAUAUUGGAAAGUCAAAUCCAUCAACCGCGCAACACAUUAUCCAAAGGAUAUUGAAAUUGACCAGGGCCCGGCCGAGUGGAUCGAGAAAUUUUGGGUUAUGUUGUUGGGAGACGAUUUCCCUGUUGCUGGUGACUGAUGCUUUGCAGCCUCUUGAACAAUACGAGGACGGUCGCCAACUGCUCCGAUCUAUCCUCAACAUGGCCACUCGUAAUCUUCAUCAGCCCAAAGUUUCUAUUAAUCGAGUCUUGACGGGCUCUAAAAUUACCAUCCAUCUCAUGCUGUUCAAGACCGUUCGGAUUGAUGCUAUCAACCACUUGACAAGUUAUCUUUCGCACAGCUCACCAAGAGUACGAAUAUCGACAGCCGAGACUUUGUAUAAUGCACUACAAUUACAAGAUGAAGAGGUACCCGAAGCUGAACGGCUUAUAUCUGAAACUGAAUGGUCGGAAUGCGAUGUUGAACAGGCUUCUGAAAAAGUUAAAGAAAUCACUGCAAGUUUGCGGGAUGCUUGGAACGGUCUUUAG